AUGGCUUCCGCCCCGUUCGACCCCCUCCAGUUCGGCGCCGACUUCUACAACCUCUACCAGGGAACCGCCGCCAUCGCGCCCACCGCCCCUCCUCAGCUCCCCAGCGGCGGAUGCAACUUUGUAGACUUGACGCCCGGUGCCGGCGGCCCUCGAUGCGGCUGCCGUCGCUUCUAUUCACAACCUGCCGUGGAUCAGGCUGGAGGGUGGUGCAUGUGCAACCAUCAUGCGUGCUACCAUGAUGAGCAUCCUCAACACCAACAACAGCCGCCGGAGACGAUUCUUGCUCCCACGGCGGCGGCACAGGCCCUGGAGCGGCUACAGACCAUGCGGCUACGACAGACCAUGAGCCCGGAACCGGAUCUCCUCCUUCGUCAGAGGGAAACGCCAUUUUCUGGGCCCGAUUUCCUGCACUCCAAGGAUGCUGACCCCUUGUCCUUUCUCAACAAGCCCUUUGACGGCCCGUUUGAUCCUCUAUCAGCCGCUCCCACGCCCCGGCAGGCAUCCAGCUCCAUGCCAGAUACACUAGCCUGGGACGGCGUCGUACGACCGAGCCAGCCAGAUUCCAAUCCUUCAUGGCCCUCUAUUCCUCCUCAGUGUCUCAUGUCCCAGGGCGCCUCUACCACCACCAACUCGUCCACACGCGCCAGGUACCUAAGACCGUUUGCAGGAAAGGGCUUGCAGACUCUCGGCAACAAUGGUCCGGCUAAUGCCCAAGCCGCUCUGCGCGAAUCGCUCUCAGAUCACAAAAUGGCGAGCAUUGAGGAGCCUGAUGAGGAAUCGACGCCACGGCCAAGCACGGCCACCACCCAGAUCGCGGAGGAACCCGAGGCUUUACCUCACGAGAUGUUGAAGAACCUCACGGAAACCGUCGACGCCCACGCAGAACGACUCGACAGGCUGGAGACCACCUCAGUAUCCGGCAGCGCUUACGAAGAGUGUCAGGACAGAUAUGAGCACAUGGACGCUCGUGUCAUUGAGCUGGAGGGCAAGGUGGAUGAUAUUGAGAGGCGUAUCCUGGACGACAGCUUCCUGGGUCGCCACGAUGCCCAAGACGAUGUUGCCACCCCCAGCGCAGCCUCCAUCACCUCCAGUACCGCCAGCCGACAAAGCCACUCAGACCAAGUACACGUGCAGCUCCGGUCGCUGCAGACUCAAGUUAACGUACUUCGCUCCGCCAUUCCUUGUCAUGAGCAUGCGUGGGAAGUCGAGGUCGUCUUCCUCCCCUUCCCCCUGAAGCGGAUUUGGCGUCAAAUCCACCAGUUCAACAUCGGCCCCAUUGUCGACAGCGGAAGCGACUCCUCUCAGUCUCCUAAAACACAGAGCGCUUCCAAGUAUCGAGAUGCGUCCGGUAUGCUGGAAAACUGGCGUGUUGCGCAGGGCCAGGACUGGGAGUGGCUGCUGCCUAGGGCCUGCAACGACCAGAGCAUAAUAUACCGGCGCCUGAGGAGUCGUGGGCUGAUCAAGAAAAUCAGAGUCACGGGGCCGGAUGCAAGGAGCGUCAGCACUGCGAUGCGUGGCGCCUUUGGCAACGUGCUCCGCGACAUGCACAUGUACGCCAGGCGCCAAACUCCAGGCCUCAGCAGCGCUCCGGAGGCUAUGGGACUCCAGUCUCCGUGGAUUCCUCUUCGCAAGAUCCACAAAGACUCGCGGCUAAGGUUCCUGAGUCCCGAGGAAAUGCUGACACCGGCACUGUGGGACGUGCAGUUUCUGAACUCGGUCAGGAUGGAGGCAGCGCAACCUAGAUUGUUCGUUACCCAUCCUGGCGCCUAUCUGCAGGACUCGAAAGCGUAUGAUUCGGGCUGGACAUGGCAGAAGUUGAAGAAGGAGGUCCCAUCGGUAUACGCCGACGAUACCGAGUCCCAGGAAGUGCCCGACUCCGCUCGCCUUGAGAGAGAAUGCUGGGCGUGGAAUGACAAUCUCGACGGAGAUCCCAUUGCGCAGCCGCCCGGCAAGAACCGACGCCAUAGGAGUGUCUCAAUAUCGCCCCAGGUGGAAUACCACUCUGCCUCCCCUUCAUGGUCCAGCAGCUUUACCGAUGCUGCGCACCACCAGCCAACGAUACUGAAGAGUCGAGAAGAGUCGGUGCCACCAUUCAUCAGGACCCCCUCGGCUCCCACCACUUCCAUGGCGCUCCAGACUGUGUUCAGCGCACCUCGCAAGCGAAAGACGUCCUCCUCCCGCCGGCAGAGCCGACAGUCUUCGCCGCUCGUCUACGGAGGCGUCAGGAAGAGACAGUCGACCCGGGAACCGUCAUUCCACCAGCCGUUGAGUCCGAGACCGACCGUGUCGCCGUCCCCGGCACCGGAUCGCCCCGAGCGGCGGGAUCGGACAAUUCCUCGAGGAACAACUCCCGCUACACCGCACAGCAUGUUUGCCCCUCGGGGGUUCCUGACAGAGCGAGUCGAUGCCGAUAUGGAUGAAGGUGAGGAGACUGACGUCGAGAUGGGCUUGUACAACUACAACCUUCAAUCAGACGGCGAAGGGGAUCACGAGGGCGCCAUGUCCAGCACCAGCAGCCCAGAGCCAGCCGCCCAAGGCCCUAUCCCGCUCGACCCCCACGGCCAUGACUGGGGCCGCGAAGACGAUCUGUCAGACGCCGAGAAUAUUGAUCCCAUGGCAGAGGACGAUGACGGCGAUACUUUUGACAUUCACCAAGAUGGGGAGGGGACGCGGUGA